AUGCGCUACCGUUACCGGCAAACCGCAUUCUUGCUCUGGAGCUGGACUACACUCGUCACCUCAGAACUCACAGUCAUCAAACUACCAGCCGAUUUAAAAGAUGCCAGAGGGCCCAUCGAUUCAUCCUUCCCAGGAUUCGCCUUCGAACAGGCUUCUUUCUACGACUACGCCUUCGAACGUGGCAAGCCCAACACCUUCUCUCAGAACCUCAUCAAAUCCGUCUUGCACCGCACUGGCGGGACGCCUCUUCUCCGUGUAGGCGGUACUUCCGGGGACCAUGCGAUCUACAACAAGGACCAAGAGGACGCCGUAUCAUGUAGUUCGACGGUCUGCGGGCCCAUGAUGUCUCAAGAUCAACAGCUCAGCGUCGGCCCAUCCUACUUCGAUGCAUUCAAGAAUUUUCCUGGUGCGAAGUUCGAGUUCAUGGUGCCUUUUGAACGGCAAAACCUUGCCAACACCCUCGAGUGGACCGCAGCUGGACUGAAGGCUAUCGGUAAGAAAGCAUUGUAUGCUCUGGAAAUUGGAAACGAGCCGGAUUUUUACAACCCAUUCGUUCUGAAGGACUAUUUAGCCAAUUGGCAGAAGUUUCUGGAUGCUAUGUUGAAGCAACAUCCAAAUUUGCACAAGAAGCGAAUCUUCCAAGCGCUGGACAUUGCAUCCAGGGAGAAGCCACUCGCAACGGAGGAUGCCUUCGAUCAGGGGCUUCAACAGGACGAGAAACACAUCAAACAAGUGGCGUACCAUUACUACCAAGGCAUGGCUCCCGAGAGCUACGACGAGCUGAAGCAGUGGAUUCUUCAUACAAACACCACCGAGCGCCUCAGUGUUCAUGAGGAUAACAUCAAGUACCUCAAAGCCAAUCAGAAGCAUAUCGGAUAUGUCUUGAGCGAAGUGGCCGACAACCUCGGUGGAGGAAACGGUGUACUGGCCUAUCGCAACAGUCUCGCAACCGCCAUCUGGGCCAUCGAUUUCCAGCUCCACGCCAUGACCAUCGGCGUAGACAGAGUCAAUUUCCAACAAAUCUACAAACCCGGGUUCUGCAUGUGGGAGCCCACGGCUUCCGAGCAUUGGGGAGUCCCGAAACCUAUGGUACGUCCAAAUUACUACGCCCAACCUUUCGUCGCAGAUUUCAUCGGCAAAGGGGGCAAAACCACAGUCGUGUCGAUUCUGCAAGACUGCCCCCAUUUGGCCGCUUACGCUGCGUACACGAAAGGCAAGCUCGCCAGAAUCGCCCUUAUCAAUGUGAACCUCUGGAAAGAAGGGGAUGGGGAGCGCGGGCAAGCGGAUUUCGACUUGCAGGACUUGCCAAUCAAACGAGGCAAAGCGACUCUUUCCCAUCUCAAUUCGCCGCACGGAGCGCUCGCGGAGACGGAUCUCACCUGGAAAGGACUCGAAUGGACGUUUGACAGUGGUGGAAAGGAGAAGAAGGUCAAGGAUGAUUCAGAAAAGCUUGAUUUCGAGGAUUGUAGGUUGAGUGUUUCCGUGGACGACGCCAGUGCCGUGAUGAUUGAGUUCUGA